GUCUUGCCCAAUCCUCCCCUGUCCCUUGCCCGUCACAGCCAUGCCCAGCCCAGCCUCUCUGUCCAGGCAGCAUAUAUGAGCAGCAGCCAGUCUUGUAUGGAGGUCAGACAUCUUUCUGCACUGAAACAGAGUAAUCACAGCUGUACAGAAUCCCAUUGAUGUUAUUUAGGAUUUAAGAGAAGUAAGAAAGAACAAGACAACAGAUCUGGUGCUACAGAAAACCGACCAAACCCAAUCAGAGAUGGAGCUUCUGACAACCGCCCUCGUCAUCGUUCUUCUGUCUACAACAGCCUCCGCUAAGCCGAUUGGUUCGCAUCGGCAUCAGGACGCUGACAUCGCUGACAAUGACUUGAUACAGGGACGGCUGGAAGGGAAUAACAGGUGGUCUCGGGGGUCUAGUGACUCUUCUAGCUCCUCGGAGUCCUCGGAGGAAGUCAAGGAUCUGACCACUACAGUCGUGACCACCACUGCCAUGACAACCAUUACUACAGUGAAAGGGAGCACGGCCACCCCUGGGCCAGACACGAUGAGUACAGACGAGCCAACUGUGACAAGAACAACGCCCUCACUAGCAACACCGACCACACCUGUUGUUGCUACGUCAACUGGCGAUGUGACCGUUUGUGUUACCGUGGAUAUUCCAACACCAGCUCCCGUCACAGAAAACAGAGGAGACAACUAAACAACUGUCAUUCCUGUUAACCGACUGCAAACAACAACUAACCACAUGCCUAUUUAAAAUGUGUAGUUUUCUGAGUGUAGUUGUGAAAUUUAAACCUUUAAAAAUUCAUAAACAAAAAGGGAAACAUGCAAGUACUUAAUGAGGCCAGUUUGAAAUUAGAAGAUCAUCUAGACCAGUGUUCCUUAAACUUUUUCAGACCAAGGACCACUUACUCAAUACAAAAAAAUUCCAGGAUCACCUAACUGCCAAAGUAUCCCCAAAAACAAUAGGCCAGAUGAAAUGUCAGUUUUGCUCACCGAUUGCCUUUGUUGCUAUCUUAAUGAGGAAGAAUGAUGCUGCGUAUGCUGAGACAUCACAGAAGCAAUGUCUAUCUUUAGCCAUCAAUCCAUCUUGUUAGUUGACAAUAACCGUGAACUUCACCCCUCCGUAUUUGCUUUAAAUGUCACGCUGAUAAUUUGUGAUGUAAAUUGGAGGCAGUGUCGCAAAAUUGUUGGCUGCAUUGCUGAAGUCCGACAACACAGGAAAAUAGCCAAUUUGACAAAUGAGUUUAUUUAAUAUUGGAAAAAAAACACAUCUAUGCUCCUCACUAUUAAGGCGUCUACACAUGAUAAGCGAUUUGCUCUCUGCACACCGCUAGGUAGGGCGUAGAGCAAAGCGCAGAGAGCAAAGUGGCAACUAGGUCAAAAGUUGAAAUAAUUUGAACUUUGAGCGCAGCGCAAAGUGGCAAAUCCGAGCUCUCCCCACAGGAAAUUAAUGGAACGUCCGGCGCAAAGCGGUUUUGCCACCUAUCAUGUGUAGGCAGCUUUAGGCUUCAGAGCUGCUGGCAGACAGUUUGAAAAACAUUUAUUUGAAUUUUAUUAAGAACGUGGUAUUUUGCCAAAUCUACUCGCGGACGACUCUUUGAGAAAUACUAACAAUAUCACUAACUGCCUUAAGAUACACGUCCUUUAAUUACCACUAGAUGCUUUUUUUUUACAUGUAUUAUUAAGAUUACAUUGAUUGUUUUUUUCAUAUUGACCUGCAGCGUUUUAGCCAUCAAAUAGUGAUGCUACAGAGCAACUUUCACACAGACCAGACCACAUAUAUGUUGAAGCCUCUGAACACACACACAGGUGAUUUCAGUUAGCCUGGCUGAUUACACCUCUGCUCAGCUUGAAGGUGCAGAGCUUUCAUGGGAAUUAAUUAGGUGACACAUUUUCCCUGCCCUAACAGGAGCAUCAAAGCUAACAGGAGACUCAGGAAGAUAUCAAUCAAUGAAACAGUACACACACCCACACAGUCCUGGGAAGAGGUCUAAUCAGCCAGAUUACCUGGAAACAUGUGUGUGGGUGUUCAGAGCCUUAAAUAUAUGGUAACAUUAUGUACGCAAAUCUGUGGCUCAGUUAUGUAUACCUAAGUAUUAACUGAUCAGGAAAGUACAAGCAAGAUACUUCGCAAGAUUUCUGCACAAGCUUGUUAAAACAGGUACAUAUUUAUAUUACAGUGGAAUAAAAAGUCACCCUUCUGUAUGUAUAAGCAUCCAGAGUAUUUAUCCCACAGCAGUGGGAUGAUAGACUGUGUGGAGGGUGCGUCUUGUUUGUCUCAUUCAGCAAGCCUUACAAGACAAACUGAGCUAUUGCCCACAAGGGUUGGUGUAAUUAUGGGUUGUGAAUUCAUAUUUUCCAAAAUAAAAUAUGGCUUUGAAGGCUCA